ACUGGCUGGUAUUAUUGUGCCUAUUGGCAGCACUGAGAUGCAAGCUUAAGAGUUUACAAUAAACAAGUCUGCCUUUUAAGCCUUUAUUCAAACGCAUUGUGUCUUUUCCAACAAACUUAAAUGUAUGUAAUGAAUGUAAUGUGCCACUUUAGACAUGAAGUCUAAUCGUUUAUGGUCCUGAUAAUGUUACGUAACCGCGAGUGGAUGCGCCAAAGCGCAAGGAUGCGCCAAAGCGCGACUCGUGCUACAUGUGAGUCAUACCACAGUUGUAAAUGAAAGCUUUCCCUAACGGACAUAAAAGAUGUGGUGCAGAUCGGAGUUUGUCUCUGGACAGUGAAAGAUGGCGGAGAGAUCAGAGUUGGUGAAGGCGCACAGCAGAAGCGGCGCACAGCAGCACAAAGCCAGAGAGACGCUGCGCCUCACCGUCAUCUUCUUAGACGACAGCGAGCACGUUUUCGAGGUCGAGCCAAAAAUCCUGGGUUGUGACUUUUUCAACAAAGUGUGUGGUCACCUGAAGCUCCUGGAGAAGGAGUACUUUGGCCUGGAGUUCCGCCACCAUAAUGGCAGCUAUGUGUGGCUUGAACUUUUGAAGCCAUUGGCAAAACAAAUCAAAAACACCAGUGAGCUUGCAUUCCGUUUUAUUGUGAAGUUCUUCCCACCUGACCCAGGUCAACUGCAAAAAAACUUGACCAGAUAUCUAUUUGCCCUGCAAAUAAAACAAGAUUUGUCCAAUGGAAGCCUCACUUGUAAUGACAACAGUGCAGCACUGCUGGUUUCUCAUAUAUUACAGGCAGAACUUGGGAAUUAUGAUGAAGAGUUGGAUGCACACCACCUAGAGAAUAAGCAAUAUGUGCCAAACCAGGAGUACCUGGACCACAAGAUUAUUCGAUUUCAUAAGAAACAUCGAGGUCACACUCCAGGCCUUUCAGACAUGCAUUUGCUGGAGGUUGCCCGGAAAUUGGAUAUGUAUGGCAUUCGACCACAUCCUGCCCAUGAUGGAGAAGGCAUGAGGAUCAACCUUGCUGUUACCCACAUGGGUGUACUGGUAUUUCAGGCUAACACGAAAAUCAACACCUUCAGCUGGGCCAAAAUUCGCAAAUUGAGUUUCAAGAGGAGGAAUUUCCUUAUCAAACUACACACAGAUGCUGGGCCUUCACGGAGGGACAUGGUUGAGUUCACCAUGGCAAGCAGAGAUAUUUGUAAAACAUUCUGGAAGUUGUGUGUGGAGUAUCAUGCCUUCUUCCGACUAGCUGAGGAGCCCAAGCCAUAUCAAAAGUCAUUGUUUUCCAGCAAGGGAUCCAGCUUCAGAUACAGUGGCAGGACACAAAAGCAGCUACUUGAGUGUGUUGGCACUGGGGAGUACAAGCAUGUAGUAUUUGAGAGGUCAAAGUGCAAGCUUGCCCAUGAAUCUCGGCAGUGCAAGUCAUCUCCUGACUUGCUCACUGAUGUGUCCAAACAGCUUUACGAGCAAGCCUAUCAAUUUCCCCAUGCUGAUAUUUCAAAGCAUGGAACCCAUAUAUUUGCUGAGGGGCUUAACCGGUCCUAUCCCUUGUCAGGGCUGCUGCCCAAAUCAAACAGGAUUACCUCUUCAAAACAGCGCUCCAUGUCCACAUCAGGGGCAGAGCGGCAAGGCAGAAGCUUUCAAAGGCCUGGGGCAAGAAGACAUCAGUCCCCCAGCUCUCAGCACUUGGUCCUUCUCUAUCCCAACAGCCCCCAUCUGCAAUUUCACCCAGUGCUGCCAACUUUUCCUCUGGCAACAUACCCUUUUUUACUCCAAGACCCAACAUCAUCUUCCUUAGACCGCCUCACACAAGCUCACCAGAGUUUUAAACCUAUGAAGAAUUUGCCAAGGCAAACAGGCCACUCCUUUUCACCUACUUCUUCUUUGUCACCACCACGAAGGCAGCAGUGCCUAGAAAGGGUUCAGCUAUCUGGAAUUGGAUUGGCUGGAUCUAGGAUGUGCCCCCAAUCAGGAGGACCUCUGGGGGUGGGGUUACACCGAAGGCACAACAUAGGAAAAAUUGAAGCAGGGCACUACAGUGAUGACUCUUCGUUCCAGAGUGCUUUACCUUGCCGAGCCUCGAGCCAACCAGAUGUGAAGUUUCAGAGAUCUGCUCUCGCUUCUUCAGCUGCUGCAUAUGCAUCAGAAUAUCGGCCUCUGGGGUAUUAUCCCCACUUGUCACAACACCGUGUUCCAAAUAGGCCAAACUACCUUCCACUAAGCCCUUCCCAUUUGCCUGAAAGACCUACAUCUUUAUGUGUGCUCAGCACAGGCAGUUACAGUGAUUCAGAAUCUGAACUCUUUUAUCCAUGUUACUGCCCUGCUGUAGGGAAAAUGGUACAUUCUGGCCCACUAGCACGUAUGCGUUUCUCAUCUGGAAGCCUUCAACUUGAUGAGGAAGAGGGAGAAGAGGGGGAAGAGGAUGAAGUGUGCAACCAGAGUGAUGGGGAAAACAUCGCUUUUACCACUGUCAGUGUAAUGAAACUAUAGCAUUAUAACUGUGUAUAUAAGCACUUGUGUUAAGGCUUCAGAAAACAACAUGGAAAAUAUUAUCAGACUUACUAAGUUUCUUUAAAAUAUAUGUAGUGACAUUUGUGAUACUUACAUUGUGUUACAUUUCUUUAUGCAACUUAUACAUGUGAUCAAUGAUACAAAUUCUAAAAUUAUAUAUACACCUACUGGCAAUUAGACACAUGUUUAGUAUUGAGUUUAGUCUGGCACAUUCUUGCAGUUAUUUAAUCUGCCAGUCAUGUGGCAACAGUGCAAUGCAAAAAGUUAUGGUUUGAAGCAUCAGAUAAUGUUUACACCUGUUAGAAGUAGGUGAGGGUUCUCUAUUCCAGUGAACACUCCAGAUCUGCUUCUCUACAAAGUUUUCAGCCAAGACUUUGACACUGAGCCUCUGUCUGAAUCCUGAACACUCAUUUCAAGGCUAUUCCAUAACGAUGAGACUUUAAGAGAAAGUUUCAUGCCUGUUUAUUUGGCAGGUACCCUUAUCCAGAGCAACGUACAAAAGUGCUUUUAAGUCUCUGGCUCACUAGAUUUCAGCCUAAAGCACUAUUCGGACGGGACUAGUUUUACGUGGGGACGUGGAGUAAUGCAAUUUUACCUCAG